GAGUGGAGGUCAGUGGAGGGAUUGGCAGAGAGGGGUGGAGGACACCCUGAGUGGAGGUCAGUGGAGGGAUUGGCAGAGGGGGUGGAGGACACUGAUGGAGGUCAGUGGAGGGAUUGGCAAACCCUAGUGGAGGACACUGAGUGGAGGUCAGAUGGACUGAUUGGCAGAGAGGGGUGGAGGACACUGAACUGGAGGUCAGAUGGAGAAGUCCAGAGAGGGAGGGGGCACUGGGAGGCUGGAGGGAUUGGCAGAGAGGGGUGGCAGAUACAGAACGGUCGGCCAGUGAGGAGGGAGUUACAAUAGUCAAGAGUGAGAUAUAACAAGGGAGUGGAUAAGUUG